AUGUUUCGUCUGAGUGCGCGUUUAAUGAACAACGUCGGCCCUAUUGCCGCCAACCUUGUAUCUAUGCGUCGUGCCCCGUCGUUUCAGCAACCCCCAGCUAAGGAUGUAAUUGGCAAAAAUGUAAAAGAUAUCCCUGCGAACUGGGUUACGGCGUACGUUACACCAGAUGUAAUCACAGCAGAGGAAGAGCAAGCUCUCCUGAGGUUUGUGGAUCCAUGGUUUGCGCGGCUGGAAUACAAUGAUGCACAUGCGGAUGGGCUCAUUCACCAUUACAUGGAGUUUUAUCGUCCCUACGACGACUUGAUACGACAGCUGCGUAAUGGGUCUGCCAUCCCUACGGAGUCGUCCGUGUCUGAUGAUGCGGGGGCCCAUAUCGGCGACAGAGAUUGCUCUAAAGCUAGUCUGAAACCAGAGGAUGCGCAACUUGUUUGUAUGGCGCUAGAGCGGGUUCGUGGGCUCGCAGAACACUAUCUGCCUCAUAUUCCGAUUGACAAUCGAGUUCAUUUCCUUCGAUUGAAGGGAAGUGGCUUUAUCCGUGCGCAUGUCGACGAAAGCCGAAAUUCAAGUGGGAUUGUUGCUGGGUUAUGCCUGAAUGCUGGGCGCGUCAUGACGCUAACACAUCCAAAGCACCCAGGCGAAGCUGUCGAGCUGCUACUGGCGCCGCGGUGCCACUACGCCUUGAUCGGCCGAGCUCGUUACGAUUGGGAGCACAGCGUCGAUUGGGUAAAGGAUGAUGAUGAGCACAUCCAACGCAUCAAGCAGAGUCUGGUGGUUGAGGGAACCCCAAUUUAUUUUGACGGAAAGGAUACCGGUUUGACACGACACGCACGCACAGCUAUUAUAUUUAGAGGCGUUUCGCCCAUGCACCUUUUUGCCUCACGCAUGCGCAUGGCACCGUGUUAA